AUGUGCCCCAAAGUGACGUCAAGGAACCCGACAGCAUCACCGGCCGAGGUGGGCCAGGUCCAAAACGUGGAUGCUGCUCGAGCCCCAUCAGAACAAGACAAGACAAACCUGGCAUGUGGAUCGAAGAGCUGCGGAAUGCGAGUCGCGAAUUCGCCAUUCCUCGUGUACAUGGGCAAGGAAGGUAUCCGUACAGAUACACCUACGUAUCUCGCAUUGCUCGAGAUCCCCAAUGUCUUUCGAAAAGUUGUUCUAGCGCAACCCGCUGCUUGGGCCUUUUGGGAAGGGCUUCAUCCCUGCAUCACAUCUAUGAUUGGCCUAGUUCCUUGCGAAACUCAGGAACGUGGUUUCAGACUCUCCCCUGAUGUCAUUGGAGGGUCCGCUGUGUAG